AGUUGCCAGCUGGGGAAAGCAGGAAGAGUUUGUCAUACUGAUCAAUAUUGCGCUGCAUUUGGCCCCUCUCACUGCAAUAGAGGGGAUUUCCAACUACCCAUCAAAAAGCACUGGAUUUAAACGGAGCAUUAAACACAAAUCCCCUUGAUUCAUUGUCUCUUUAAGCUGGGAAUGCCCCAAAGAUCCAGGAACUGCUAAGACAUUUCUCCCAGACGUGAGGAAGAGGCCAGAAAAAACAUUGGCGAUCCCAGCGGCCAUGGCCUCAGCGGCUCCUGUACAGGGAAUCCAAGAGGAAACCAAGUGUCCCAUCUGCCUGGAGUAUCUAACGGACCCCGUGACCAUGGAUUGUGGGCACAACUUCUGCCAGGGCUGCAUCAGUAACUACUGUGACAAAUGGGAAGAAUAUGGCCCCCUGGAGUGUCCCGUCUGCAGACACCGGAUCCGGAAAGGGAACCUCCGGCACAACUGGCAGCUGGGGAACAUAGUAGGGAAAAUUAGACAACUGGAAUUAAAUCCUAGCAAAGAGAAUCUGUGUGAGACACACCAGGAGAACCUCGACCUGUUCUGCGAGGAGGACGGGGAAGCCGUGUGUGUGGCUUGUUGGAGAUCCCCGCAGCACAGAUCUCACAGAGUGCUGCUCAUGGAAGAGGCUGCUCAGAAAUACAAGGAUCAAAUUCGGCUCCAUUUGCAGAGCUUGAUGAAAGAGAGAGAUGAGAUCCCGGCCGUUAAACUGAGCGAGGAAAAGAGACUCCUGGAACUGCUGGAGAAAAUGGAAGACGAGAGGCAGAAGAUUGUAUCUGUAUUCAAGCAACUGCGCCAGUUUCUGGAGGACCAAGAGCGACUCCUGCUGGCCCAGUUGGAAAAGUUGGACAAGGCGAUUAGGAAGAGCCAGGAAGAAAACGCCACCAGCGUGUCUAAGGAGAUACCCCGUCUCAGCGAGCUGAUUGAUGAGAUGGAGGAGACGUGCCAGCAGCCGGCCAGCAAAUUCCUGCAGGACAUCAGAAGCACCUUGAGCAGGUGUGAGAAGGGGAAGGUCCAGCAGCCCGUGGAGAUGUCUUCGGAGCUGGAAAAGAGACUCGGAGAGUUGUCUCAGAAUAAUAGUGAUCUAACGGAGACUCUGAAGAAGUUCAAAGACACUCUGCCGUCUGAACUGGAGAAAAGAAGAAGGGAAUCCCUAGGAUUGCACAGACAGGUGAAUGUGACUCUGGAUCCAGACACGGCUCAUCCUGAACUCAUCGUGUCAGAGGACUGGAAAAGUGCAAGAUGGGGAUUCACAGAGGAGGAUCUACCCGACAAUCCGGAGCGAUUUGACAUUUUGCCCUGUGUGCUGGGCUGUGAGGGAUUCACCUCGGGGAGACAUUGCUGGGAGGUGGAGGUGGGGGGUGGGCGAUUCUGGGCCGUGGGGGUGGCCAGAGAGUCUGUGAGGAGGAAGGGAUGGAUCAGCCGUAGCCCUGAGGGGGGGAUCUGGGCUGUGGAGCGGUGUGGAGAUCAAUACCAGGCUCUCACCUCCCCUGAGACCCCCCUGCCCCUGAGCCAGGCCCCCAGCAGGAUCCGGGUUUCUCUGGACUGUGAACGGGGGCAGGUGACAUUUUUCGAUGCUGAGAACCAGGGCCCGAUCUUCACUUUCCCGCCCGCCUCUUUCACUGGGGAGAGAAGCCUACCCUGGCUCCAGGUGGGGAGAUCCCGGCUCAGACUGUGGCCCUAAGACACAGGGGGGAAAUAUCCCUCCUGGGGACCCUGAAGUCAGCCUCUCUAGCCUCAAACGUCCUCGUCUCCAUGACCCCGGCGCCUCCAUGGGGGACAAUGGAUCGUCAAACCAUAGAGAGGAAGCAGCGAUGGAGAUGGAGACAUCAGGUUUUCCCCCUCUAGACUCUGCAGCCUAUUUCUCACUAUCCUCCAUAGUCAGGAAAACUCUGGGAUCCCAGCUCAGGCACUGAGAUACUGGGGAAUAGCCUACCGGGAAUUAAAAGAUGGGUUUCUUUAGCCACCAUCAUCCUAGUCUCCAUGACCUUGGAGGACUCCUGUCUCCCCAUUCUCCUGGCCUCUCCUAUCUCUCACCCCCUGAAAGCUCAUCUCUCUCCUUGCCAGCACUAGGGGUGGGAAAGGGGUGGGUGAAGAACUACUGAAGCUGCAGGAAGAGCAGAGGGGCCCUGAGGGACAGGCCGAUAUGGGGGUUGCAGGGGUCACAGUGGGGUGUGGGGCAGAAUUGCA